AUGGGGUCUCUAAUAUUGGCCUCCUUCUAUCUCUUCUCCCUUCUCAUUGCAUUACUCUCUUUAGAUCUCCCCUCAAAAUUGGCUGCACGUUCCCUUCACCCAUCUCCAUGCACCAACCCUCAUGAAUACCAGCCUCCGCCGCCGUUUCCGUCUGAAAAACUCCCAUAUCCUCCUCCUUCAGUCUGCACGCAGCUCGCACCACCACCACCCAAGAACAGGCACAAAUUCAAGACUUCGCCGCCGCAUCGUAUGCCACCAUGGCAAAGAAAGUUCACCCAUACAUCACCUCCACCUCCUUUCUAA